GAGACACGAAAGGACCUUGGCGAGAAAGAGCUCACAGUGUCUUCCGGGUACUGUAGCAUCAUCCUCGUUAUUCAGAUUCGAUCAUCACUCGAUCCUCUAUCGUCAUUACAUCUACCUCAUGAAACUCUGUGUUUCUACUCGCUCUGGGUUGACUACGCUUGAAUUCCAUGGAUGACUAGGGGAUCAACCCAAUCUCUGGAUGCCAGGACCAUGCGUGCGCCGUCUGAUUCCAAUCCCUGGAUUUUCGUUCAUUGAUCAGUGCUUCUGCACUUGGGUCCGCUCUGCACUUGGUUCCGCUGCCAUACGUCCCAAAUAGCAUACGUUUGUUCAUGUGGAGCGAAAGACCCUCUCGUCCAUCUCUACGACAUCCUUUCCUAAGUCUUCUUUCUCACACUGCCUCUUGUUUCUUCGAGCUUGAGCUAUCAUACCCUUUCCCGCAGCCCGAUCUCAUCGCAGUCCGUUGAAUCGCAGUCCUUCAUUAGUAUGGUUACCGUUAGAGAGACGGACGCAAGCGCGUCCACUUCGUUAACAAAGCCCAGCACAGCACUUCUGGCGCUCAGUGACGAGCAGAAAAUCACUGAAUAUGAAAAACCCCUACAACAUCAAAACACCGCUUUGAUCGGUCUAGGAGGACAGGUCAAGACGCCCACAGAGACCGACAUCUUCGGCGACGAGAAAGGAGCAGAGAUUGACUACAAGACAUGUAAAUGGUGGCAUACCGGUAUCCUAAUGCUCGCCGAAAAUGCCAGUCUAGGAGUCCUCUCCCUCCCUCAGGCCCUCGCAAUCCUCGGUCUCGUCCCCGCUCUGCUCUGCAUCUGCUUCCUCGGCAUCAUUGCAACCUAUACCGGCUGUAUCCUUGGCGAGUUCAAGCUCGCACACCCAUCCGUACAAUCAUUUGCCGACUGCGGCCAACUCAUCGGCGGGCCUGUCCUGCGCUGGGUGUUUGCGGUAGCGCAGUUGUUGUUCUUACUGUUCAUCAUGGGCGCACAUGUUUUAAGUUUCGCGAUUGCGAUGAACGCCAUGACUGAGCAUGGAGCGUGUACGAUUGUGUUUAGUGUUAUGGGGUUAGUGGUGUGUUUUGUAUCAGGGUUGCCGAGGACCUUCAAAAAUGUGUCUUAUUUCUCGAUCUUCUCUUGUGUAUCCGUCCUCGUAGCCGUCCUCGUGGCGAUGAUAGCAAUCGGCAUUGAGAAGCCAGAUGCGGGUAACAUCAUUGCUGUCCGCCCUAAUGUACCCCUUGUCAAAGGACUAGGACCGGUCAUGAACAUCAUCCUCGCAUACACCGGCCAUGUAGCUUACUUUUCGUUCCAAGCCGAGCUCAAAGACCCGCGCGAUUUCGAGAAAGCGCUUCUAUUCGGACAGGCCAUCGCCGUUACAUUCUACAUGCUUAUAUCCGUUGUCAUAUACUACUACGCCGGGCCUCUCGUGGCCUCUCCCGCACUUGGCUCUGCAUCCCCUCUUAUCUCUAAGAUUUGUUUUGGCAUCGCUUUGCCGACUAUUGUUAUUGCAGGUGUAAUCAAUGGCUCAGUCGCAUGCAAAUUUAUUUACCUAAGAAUGUGGUCGGGGACGAAUGUUGUACACCAGAAUAGCUGGAAGAGUUUGGGGAGUUGGUGGGGUAUUUGUGGCGUGUGCUGGGUGGUGAGUUGGGUGCUUGCGGAGGCGAUUCCGAAUUUCAAUCUUUUGCUUGGGUUGAUUGGUGCGCUAUUUGGGAGUUGGUUCAGCUACGCUAUUCCACCGGUUCUCUAUAUGUAUCAGCACAAGGGAACGCUAUUGUCAACAAAGCGCAAGGUCGCUAUGACGAUAUUCAACUGCUUCGUUAUGGUAUUAGGUGUUGCUAUCUUCGCUCUAGGUAUGUGGUCGUCUGGAUGGGGGCUCCAUCAGAGCUCCCGCGCGAAGGUCUUUUCCUGUGACAACAACUGGCACCCUGUUAGCUGGGUAGCAAACGAUAAGAAAGCUCCCUAAGAACAAUAAUUCAAGCCGCGGUGAAAUCCGGCACCGAAGAGUAGGAUUAUGAAAGCCCGGUGUGUUGGCAUGAGGCACCCUAAGAUGAAAAGAUCCCUGUAAAUAAGAACUUGUGGCGGCUUUUAUUCCCAAGCCUUAGGCUAGGUCCACGACCCAAACCCUAUCUUUCCAGAACU